AAGAGCUUGUUUGGAUUUUAUUUUCAUUUAUGGCGUAUAAAAAUAAUAGUUUUAACGGGCGCGGAGGCGAUAGCUGUCUGAUUAGGCUUAUGAAUCCGCCCUUAUUUGAAUACAUUAACGAAUUCCAUAGACAGGUUGGGUUAGUGACCUUGCGGAAGCUCCAACCGGCGAGCUUUGUCACUCUGUCUUCUCACCAAAGCUUCACCUAUGCACUUCAAGGGGGGUAACUGGCAAUAAGCGUAAUUGAAAGUACAAAUUGAGGUGCUUGUGUCGCGAUCGGCAGUGUCCCUCCCGCAGAGGAAGUGACGGUCGCCUGCAUGUUCGGUACUAAUUAGAUUAGAUUAGGCAAACCUGAUUACCCCACUCUGCUGAUGAAUUUUGAUGUCCAGUGCCGCGCGGAUUCUUUGUCAGUUUAGCCAGACAAAAUAGGCUCGGAGCGUAAAGCUCGCAGCUUGCAAAGUCAAAUUUUCAGUCUUUGCAUACUUCGCAAAUUAAACGGUGGACUCUUACUAGGCCACACCCAUUCGUUUUCUGGAUCUUGUCAACUUUCGAUGAACCAGUUGUGCAAAUUUUCUUCAGGCAUUGAGUUUAAAAAUCCCCUCAAAAUGCACAAACCUCAAUCGGGACUCUGCUGGAUGUUGCUACUCCUUGGAUCACUCAUAGCGACCAUUAUGUUGGCCUUCAGUUACUGGAUGUUCGUGCCACGUGAAGUACAAUUUUGGUCUCUUAUUUCAAGAAAUAAUAGCACGGCAGGAAUCGUAUUCUCAAUGCCGCCUAAUCCAGUGCCGCAGGAACUAAAGCUAAAGAAUAGACCGCCCUUCGUCUACCAAAUACUACACUAAUUCGAGAAUAUAUCUUAUUAUUCUACGUUAAGUUAUCUUAUUCUAGUUUAACAAUAAAUUAUACAUGUACAGAUAA